AUGUGUUUAAACGAAUACCCAGUUUUCAGUAGUUUGAGCAAAGUGACAUCGCAACAUAAUUUCUCAAACUCCAAAGAACCAGUUUUCCGUAGCUGGAACAAAGUAACACCGCAACAGGCUUUACCGGUCUCAAGCUCCAAAGACCCAGUUUUCCGUGGUUGGAACAAAGUGACCCCCACACAGGAUUUACCUGUUUCAAACUCCAAAGAGUCAACAUUCCUGAUCGUUGGGUGUGCACUGAUCGCCUUGUCCGGAGUACUGGUCGUCGUCAGCGUAAUCUUCUUCAUUAAAGCUAAGAGGCUCAAAAACCAGGCAGAAAUGAAUACGAUAAGAAGCACCUAUGAAUCGACUGUUGUAAAAACAGCAAAACCCCCUGAGUACACCUCCCUCAAUGACAUCAGGCCUUCUCAUCAGCAACCUCAGGAAAUACAAGACAAUCGCGAGGUUUUAUACAGUUUACCUUAUACAUAGGUUAAAUAGUUAUUUAAAAUUAAAGUAUAUUUCUUUU